AGAAUUCGUUUAAAAUUAUUUCUUAAUGAUUCGAAUGGAAACUAGGAAUUUGCAACAGAGAAUUUCGGAAGAAACACACUAUGACAUCAUCUAAUUUCGGUUCUGUUGUUGGGCUUGGUGUAGAUCUGAUAUUUUUUGCAAUCUUUUACUCCUGGUACAAGAGAAUUAAUCGUUCGGCUGAUGAAAUAAAGAAAGCACCAUAUCGCCGGCUAGAUGACCAGCUUAUAAAAGACCUGUCAGAGGGGAAAUCCCCAAGUCUGGCAUAUGCCUGUGUUGAAGGAGAAGUUAUGCCAGUGAGUCAAGUGUUGCAUAGUCGACAUGUAGAGGGUCAGAAUGGAGUUAUUCAGCAUAUAACUCUGACUGAACACAAAUCAAAAAGAAUACAGGGUGUUUGGACGGAUAUAAAGAAUGUGAUUCAGGACAAAAUACAGGCAGUACCAUUUUAUCUAAAACGAUGGCUGGGAAAAGAGUCGCAAACAGAAAUUCUGGUUACUGAACCGACUUCUGCUAACUUCCUGUUGGACGACCUCACAAUUACCCAUGAUUCUUUUGAACCGGUUGAAAGAGGUAAUGUGGUUGCACGAGGGAUUGAUCACAUUUUUGGCGAAGUGAACAAAGGCUAUCAUGAGACAGAAAAAAUGUUACUUACGAAUACAUUGAUUCUAGGCAUAGGGGAAAUUGCAUAUAUUGACAACAAAUUACAGCUUUCGCCACCCAAAGAUGGACAAAUGUACAUACUGACAAAAAUGAGCAGAGGUGAAGUUAUUAAAAAACUGGAGACUCGUUCGUUCUGGGUGAAAUUUUUUAUGUUGAGUGCAGGUGCUGUAGGAGUAUCAUUACUAUUACAUAUCUUAUACAAGCAGUUCAAACGAUGGAAAUCGAACAGAAGUCGUGAGCAAUUUAUAUCGGAGGUUAGGAAUUUACGUCUGCGGAAUGAAGAACGAGAGGCAGACGAAAGUAACGAUAGUAAUACAUGUGUUGUGUGUCUCGCAAAUCCCAGAGAGAUAGUAUUGCUGGAUUGUGGUCAUAUAUGUUUGUGUGCCGAGUGUGUCUUGAAUUUGCCAGAACCCCUAACGUGCCCUGUUUGUAGACAAAAUGUUGAUAGAUAUAUUACUACUUAUCACCCAUAACAACAUAGAUAUUUAGUAUUAUUGAAAUUGUUAUGCAAACUAUCAGUGAAAGCAUUAAUUGUUAUGUAGUGAAACACCACUUGCUUGAGCCCCAGGACUCACUCAGACAAUGUGAUAAAUGGCAGUUUUCUUUAUUAUGCCGCAGUAUAUAGCGAUUGAACUGUCCAUUUGUCCAUCAGUCUGUUUUGACCAGAUUGUCUGCAGUCCACAUUAAUGACCCGAUUUAGCUCACAUUCACACUCAACAAUCCUUGUAGCAAGACCUACAAACUGACUUAUAUAUAAAUGACCUUGACCCCUCAUAUGAGCUUCACUUUAAAACUUAAAAACCUUAAUAAACAACAUUUUUGGUCCUACAGCCAACAUAAAUGACCCAUUUUAGUUCAUACUCACACUGAACAAAUCUUGUAGUAAGACCUACAAACUGACCUAUAUACAGAUGACAUUGACCUUCAAAUGAUCUUCACUUAAAACCUCAAAAAACAACAUCUUUGGUCAUACACCCAGGGCAGGAUUUUGCAUUCUGAAAACGCAGCUCCUUGAAUUUUCCAUAUUUGGAUUGCUAAAAACCCAGGAUAGUGGGAGGAUUUUGGUCGUACCUUUAGUAGAUGGUGUUUUACUGUUAAUAUAUAUGCACUACAAGAGCUGCUCAAUGUGCCAACAUUCUCCUCCUUAACUCUGUAUUAUGUAAAGCUGUGGUCUGAAAAAUUGUUUUCCUGAAAUAUGAAAAAUAUGUACUACCUUUUAAACAGUUAUUUUUGAGCCAUAUUUUCGAAAUUGAGGCCAACUUUAUGUUAAAACUUUGCCCCCAGUUUCUAACUUUGUUUGCUAUUCUCGUAACUUUAAAGAGGCCCUUAAAUAACCUUUAUAGUACUGGUUGAACUUAAUUUUUUUUUACAUUUAUGGAAAAUUGUAGCAUAAACUCAAGCUGUUCAUGUGAUAUAGAAACAAGUAGAUAGAUGAUGAUUUUGUAUAUUUCUAAAUUCAUUAUUACAUUUCCAAUUACAAACACAUUAAGUUACAAUGGAACUAGAACAAUGGAACCUGAAAUAUCAGUAUUUUUAGCUCACCUAUCACAAAGUGACAAGGUGAGCUUUUGUGAUCGCUUGGCGUCUGUCGUCCGUCCGUCUGUCCGUCCGUCCUUAAACCUUUGCUUGUGACCACUCUAGAGGUCACAUUUUUCAUGGGAUCUUUAUGAAAGUUAGUCAGAAUGUUCAUCUUGAUGAUAUCUAGAUCAAGUUCGAAACUGGGUCAGGUGUGGUCGAAAACUAGGUCAGUACGUCUAAAAAUAGAAAAACCUUGUGACCUCUCUAGAGGCCAUACUUUUCAAUGGAUCUUCAUGAAAAUUGGUCAGAAUGUUCACCUUGAUGAUAUCUAGAUCAGGUUUGAAACUGGGUCAACUGCGGUCAAAAUCUAGGUCAGUAGGUCUAAAAAUAGAAAAACCUUGUGACCUCUCUAAAGGCCAUACUUUUCAUUGGAUCUUCAUGAAAAUUGGUCAGAAUGUUCACCUUGAUGAUAUCUAGGUCAAUUUUGAAACUGGGUCACGUGCCUUCAAAAACUAGGUCAGUAGGUCAAAUAAUAGAAAAACCUUGUGACCUCUCUAGAGGCCAUAUUUUUCAUGGGAUCUGUAUGAAAGUUGGUCUGAAUGUUCGUCUUGAUGAUAUCUAGGUCAGGUUCGAAACUGGGUCAACUGCGGUCAAAAUCUAGGUCAGUAGGUCUAAAAAUAGAAAAACCUUGUGACCUCUCUAAAGGCCAUACUUUUCAUUGGAUCUUCAUGAAAAUUGGUCAGAAUGUUCACCUUGAUGAUAUCUAGGUCAAUUUUGAAACUGGGUCACGUGCCUUCAAAAACUAGGUCAGUAGGUGAAAUAAUAAAAAAAACUUGUGACCUCUCUUAGAGGCCAUAUUUUUCAUGGGAUCUGUAUGAAAGUUGGUCUGAAUAUUCAUCUUGAUGAUAUCUAGGUCAAGUUCGAAACUGGGUCAGCUGUGGUCAAAAACUAGGACAGUAGGUCUAAAAAUAGAAAAACCUUUUAACCACUCUAGAGGCCGUAUUUUUCAAUGGAUCUUCAUGAAAAUUUGUCUGAAUGUUCACCUUGAUGAUAUCUAGAUAAAAUUUGAAACUGGGUCACAUGUGAUCAAAACUAGGUCAGUAGGUAUAAAAAUAGAAAACCUUGUGACCUCUCUAGAGGCCAUACUCUUCAUGAGAACUUUAUGAAAAUUGGUGAGAAUGUUCACCUUGAUAAUAUCUAGGUCAAGUUCAAAACUGGGUCAUGUGCCUUCAAAAACUAGGUCAUUAGGUCAAAUAAUAGAAAAACCUUGUAACCUCUCUAGAAGUCAUAUUUUUCAAUGGAUCUUCAUGAAAAUUGGGUCAUGUGGAGACAGGUGAGCGAUUCAGGACCAUCAUGGUCCUCUUGUUUCAUAUUGACGUUCAGAUUUUAUAUUAGGUGUGUGAAGUCAUUUGUGAUGUCAGUUUGAUGUUGCCAUGUUCAGAACUGCUAUAAUGAUGAUUUUUUCAAUUUUACUCGGGCUAAAGAACAAACUUGUUAUGUUGUAUCAUCUAUAUCAUAAUUAUAAGUAUAGUAUGUGUAUGUAUGUAUCGAGAAAUAUGCACUUGUUGAAUGUUCUUUUGACCCCCAACAGAAAUUAACCAUUUCACAAUAUUAUAAUUUUUUUUUUUAACAGAUGAAAUGAAUAUAUGAAUACUAAGAUAAAAAUUGAUUUUUUUUACUGGACACUUCAAAGAACAAAUCAAAAAUAAAUCAAAACUUUACAGGGAUAAUCGUUUUAUUUGUUGCAGUGUAAAAUGGAAAAAUAUUGAUAAUUUUACCAAAUGAAUGUCAGUUGCAAUAUUUUCAUGAGUGGCACAGCCGUGAUUGAAAAAUUUUAUUCUGACGUUCACCGGCAAAAUAUAUUUCAGUCUUACUUGUAAAACAAGCAUUUUAUUUUGGCUGUGACUAAAUACAGAGUUGGUGCGCCCGUGAUAUAUUACAGACUCCGGUAUAUACCGGAUUAACUAAAUUUGAACAAAAACACCUUAAAUAUAUUUAUUUUGUAACCAUGGUGAUUCUAACCCUAACCUUUAGUCAGUAUAUUAUGCACAUUAUACACUAAAUGCGUGCGGACAUGCAAAAAAAUGAGAAUUUUUGCCGUAUGUCCAUUUGAUAAUAAUUCCGCGCAUGCGCAGAACAGCUGCACCAACUCUGCAAUGAAAACAUUCUUUUCUUUUAGUUUCAAGACAUUUCAGUGAUUUUUAACCAGUACAGUCAAUUCCACUUAUUUGAAUACUGGUUAUUGGAAUAUUCCACUUAUUUGGAUACAAAGUUAAAACACCAAUCUACUUCCAGUAUAACCUGUUCAACUUUGGCGACAUCACAUGCAAAAUAAAAAAUAAAAGUUGAAUAAUUCUUCGGCAUUUUUUUUUUAGCUCACCUGUCACAAAGUGACAAGGUGAGCUUUUGUGAUCGCGCGGUGUCCGUCGUCCGUCCGUCCGUAAACUUUUGCUUGUGACCACUCUAGAGGUCACAUUUUUCAUGGGAUCUUUAUGAAAGUUGGUCAGAAUGUUCAUCUUAAUGAUAUCUAGGUCAAGUUCGAAACUUGGUCACGUGCCUUCAAAAACUAGGUCAGUAGAUCUAAAAAUAGAAAAACCUUGUGACCUCUAUAGAGGCCAUAUAUUUCAUGAGAUCUUCAUGAAAAUUGGUCAGAAUGUUCAACUUGAUGAUAUCUAGAUCAAGUUCGAAACUGGGUCACGUGCCUUCAAAAACUAGGUCAGUAGGUCUAAAAAUAGAAAAACAUUGUGACCUCUCUAAAGGCCAUACUUGUGAAUGGAUCUCCAUAAAAAUUGGUCAGAAUGUUAACCUUGAUGAUAUCUAGGUCAGUUUUGAAACUGGGUCACAUGCCAUAAAAAACUAGGUCAGUAGGUCAAAUAAUAAAAAAACUUGUGACCUCUCUAGAGGCCAUACUUUUCAUGGGAUCUGUAUGAAAGUUGGUCUAAAUGUUCAUGUUGAUGAUAUCUAGGUCAAGUUUGAAACUGGGUCAACUGCGGUCAAAAACUAGGUCAGUAGGUCUAAAAUUAUUAAAAUCUUUUGACCUCUCUAGAGGCCAUAUUUUUCAACGGAUCUUCAUGAAAAUUGAUCUGAAUGUUCACUUUUAUGAUAUCUGUGUCAGUUUGGAAACUGGGUCACAUGCGGUCAAAAACUAGGCCAGUAGGUAUAAAAAUAGAAAAACCUUGUGACCUCUCUAGAGGCCAUAUUUUUCAUGAGAUCUUCAUGAAAAUUAGUGAGAAUGUUCAACUUGAUGAUAUCUGCAUAAAAUUUAAAACAGGGUCACGUACCUUCGAAAACUAGGUCAAAUAAUAGAAAAACCUUGUGACCUCUCUAGAGACCAUAUUUUUCAAUGGAUCUUCAUGAAAAUUGGUCAGAAUUUUUAUCUUGAUAAUAUCUAGGUCAAGUUCAAAACUGGGUCACAUGAGCUCAAAAACUAGGUCACUAUGUCAAAUAAUAGAAAAAAACGACGUCAUACUCAAAACUGGGUCAUGUGGGAAGAGGUGAGCGAUUCAGGACCAUCAUGGUCCUCUUGUUUUUUUUAAGAUUUUAGUAUGGAAGAAUGCAUAUCUUUAUGAUUUUGUAGAGGUUUAUAUACUUCUAAAAAAAAAUUAUGUAUGUUUUUGAAAGAAUUUCCAAUUAUUGAUAAGCAUUUAAAUGAAAUUCCAUAUCACUGUUCACACUGUUUGAAACAGUGAAAGUUAUAGAAUAUAAUCUUCUGUUAUGGUUCAAUAACCCAAUGAAAAAUAUGAAGUAAAUGAUUUUUUUAUGCCCCCGAAGGGAGGCAUAUAGUUUUUGAACCGUCUGUCGGUCUGUCAGUCUGUCGGUCUGUCAGUCUGUCGGUCUGUCCGCAAUUUUCGUGUCCGGUCCAUAUCUUUGUCAUCGAUGGAUGGAUUUUCAAAUAACUUGGCAUGAAUGUGUACCACAGUAAGACGACGUGCAGUGCGCAAGACCCAGGUCUGUAGCUCAAAGGUCAAGGUCACACUUAGACGUUAAAGGAUAGUGCAUUGAUGGGCAUGUCCGGUCCAUAUCUUUGUCAUCGAUGGAUGGAUUUUCAAAUAACUUGGCAUGAAUGUGUACCACAGUAAGACGACGUGCAGUGCGCAAGACCCAGGUCUGUAGCUCAAAGGUCAAGGUCACACUUAGACGUUAAAGGAUAGUGCAUUGAUGGGCAUGUCCGGUCCAUAUCUUUGUCAUCGAUGGAUGGAUUUUCAAAUAACUUGGCAUGAAUGUGUACCACAGUAAGACGACAUGCAGUGCGCAAGACCCAGGUCCGUAGCUCAAAGGUCAAGGUCACACUUAGACGUUAAAGGAUAGUGCAUUGAUGGGCGUGUCCGGUCCAUAUCUUUGUCAUCGAUGGAUGGAUUUUCAAAUAACUUGGCAUGAAUGUGUACCACAGUAAGACGACAUGCAGUGCGCAAGACCCAGGUCCGAAGCUCAAAGGUCAAGGUCACACUUAGACGUUAAAGAUCAUUUUACAUGAUAGUGCAUUGAUGGGCAUGUCCGGUCCAUAUCUUUGUCAUUUAUGCAUGGAUUUUAAAAUAACUAUGCAUGAAUGUGUGACACAGUAGGACGCUGUGUCGUGCGCAAGACCCAGCUCCGUAGGUCAAAGGUCCUAAACUCUAACAUCGGCCAUAACUAUUCAUUCAAAGUGCCAUCGGGGGCAUGUGUCAUCCUACGGAGACAGCUCUUGUUUUUUCAUUCACAAGAUUGUUAAAUAGAAACUUGUAUGAAAUUCUUUGGAUCACAGUUUCCUUAUACUUUGAACUCACCAGGACUCUGUUUAGGGUGAGUUAUAAGUAUAGGUAGAUUUACUGUUGACCUGUAUCAACAUUGUCUCCUCAUCAGUCCUUCUUUUUCUCAGAAUUUCAUCAAACAUCGUAUGUAGCAUCCUUGCAUGGACAUUUCUGACAUGUGUUCAAAUGGUUCCUAUCCAAGUUAUUUAAAUUUUCCACUCAGCUAAACAGCGAAAACUCUUUAAAUAACAUUUAAUGAACUUUAAAUAGAUGUUCACUGACAGUGGUCAGCAGCAAGGUAGACUAUGGCCCAUUUCAUGACAUGUGUAUAUUAAAUAAGGGAUUAAUUGAAAUGUUUUUUAAAUUUUGAAGAUUUUGGUAUCUGUCUGGAGAAGUGGCAUACUAUAUUUUUAUGUGCAUUUUUAUGUUCAGUUAUUAGUGAUAAUUUAUCAGAUCAUAGUCAUGAGAUUAAUGAAGAUAAUGAAGAUUACUAUGUACUGUUCAAGAUAGAUAACUCUGUCAGUCUUGUAGGGUGUUUAACUGUAUGUUAUCUCCCAUACAACAAAGAUAUUUUGUUCUGUUUGAUUUAGAACUUUUUUAUAACAGUUUUCCAGUUAUAUACAGGAGUCAGUUAACCAUUAUGGACCCGUUUCUGUAAUAACCUGCUCCCCACAAGUAAUGGACAGCUUCUCUGACCAAAUGAAUCAAUAGUGGACAACUGACUUCAUUACGGUGACGGGUCAAAACGGCCCAAAUCCAUGACGGUCCGUCACCAAAACGGCCCAAAACCAAGAUGGCCCAUACCAUGACGGACCAGUUUUCAUUAAUAACCAAGAAUAACCAAGAAUUUCAAAUAAUUCUUUUUAUUUAUGUUUUAUUUAUUUACAUAGCAAAAAUGACAACAAAUUUUAUUAUACAUAUAAUUGGACAACAGGACAGGACAUGAAAAAAACAUCUAUGAAAUGAACAUUAAUUAAUUUUUAAAACAAUUAAAGCAAUUAAAUGCCCAUAAAAGAUAAAAAAAUAUGGAUAGGAAGUACGAAAAUAAGCCAUAUCUUUUUUUUUAACUUUUAUGUCUUAUUUAAAUUUAUUUUAUAUCGUUAUAUAGAUACGAUCAUUAGACACUUAAAAAGCAAAAAUAAAUUAUUUUAUUCUAGCAAUUAAGAAGUGAAUAGCGAUUAUUAAAUCAGAAAAAAUAAUUGUCCCUUAAUAUAAUUUUAUUCUAAAUCAACUAUGAUCUUACAAAUAGCAUCUUUAAUUUGUCAUAACGGUAUAUUACGGUAUAUUUAAUAUAUCUGGGCCGUCCUGGACUGGGCCGGCUUGAUAUGGGCUGUUUUGGAUUUGGGCCGUCCUGACCCGCAUUCCUUCAUUACACAUUGUUACAUCACUAGAUCAUUUUAGAAAGUAUAUAAAGUAUAUUCAAACCUCCAACCCCGUUUUGAAUUCUUUUACUUAACUUGUUGAAUGUCCAGGCCAGGAUUAACUUAUGUCAAAUAGUUUAUAUCUAACAGUAAUGGAUCUGAAGAUAUGUAUGAAUGAUUUCAGACAAAUUGCAUUCUGUCAGAUUGUUGUGUUUGCCAGUGUGUGGAACGGUGUUGAUUCAUAGUCUUGUGUUGAGUGGUUCAGGCCGCUGAAUUUGGAUCACUUGCCCCUCCAUGUUAUGUGUUCAAAACCUCUGCUUGAGUGUAUAAUAUUUUUAUGUGAGGAAGUGACCCAGCUGGCUUAAAAAAGAUAGGUAGUUCUACCCAGGUACCUGCCCAUACCUGAAAUGGUCCCCAGAGGGGCACCUGGAGUCUUCCUCCACUAUAGAAAGUCACCAUAUGGCCCGUAAUAAUGUCAGCCUUGAACCGAACAAAAACAAAACAAAUGAGCCGUGCCAUGAGAAAACCAACAUAGUGGGUUUGCAACCAGCAUGGAUCCAGACCAGCCUGCGCAGUCUGGUCAGGACCCAUGCUGUUUGCUUUUAAAGCCUCGUGCAAUUAGAGAAACUGUUAGUAAACAGCAUGGAUCAGCAGGCUGGUCUGGAUCCAUGCUGGUCGCAAACCCACUAUGUUGGUUUUCUAAUGGCGCGGCUCAAAUGUUAAUUAGCUAAAUGUAAACCUAUAAAUGCUUGCAGUAACAGUUCAUGUCUGGACAGUGUAGCAUUAUAUUUGGUUAGCUAUGAUUUAUUGACAGUUAAGCUUGCACAUCUGUUAAGUUUCACAAAUUUUGAUUGCAUUAUUUCAAGGUUACUGUUUAUUAACAGUACUCAGUCUUGAGGAAAAUAUGAUACAGUGAUAAUUUAAGUAGUGAUAAUGAAUUCAAUACUUGUAAUCUUACGAAAUUUCCGGGAAAUCAGUAGACUUUUAACAUGUUUAUCGUAAUUUACGUGUAAUUAGAUAACCUUGUAACAGACUAAAUUAUUGGCUCAUUGCAAAAUGUUUGUAUCUCGAAUGAAAUAAAAAAAAAUUUACCCCCAUUUUGUAUUUAGUCAAUGAAAUGAGGAUUUUUGGUGCAGUUUGUUUUGAUCUAAGAGUUUUAUCAAGAUAACCAAGACCUUCAGGGUUGUUUUUUUAAGAACAAAAAAAAUUGCUGAGCAUUGUAGGAACACUGAGAUAGCAAGAUUUUAGUCAGAAAAUAUUUUAUCUUUCAGAUAACUCAUUUCUUAAACAGGAAGGUUUACCAGUAUUUUCACCAAUCAGAUUAUUUCCUUAAAAAGAAAACAACAAAAAACGCUGUAUUUUGUUUGCUUUUUUUACUCCACGUACUUAGAAACUCAAAGGGGAGCACCAUGUUAUCUGUGAAGAGUGCUCUUAAAGUGUCUGUGACAAUCUGUGUGAGUUCAUUUUUUCUCUAAAUUACCAUGAAGGGAAGUUGUCAAUCAGUGGCAGGUCAGUGGUUCUACUCGUGCACCAUUUUGUGCAUGAAACUGUGCUUGGAGGGGUAGUUAAAGUCUUGCUCUAAUCCUUCAAAACUGGAAAGUUGAUAAAUGAAUGUGAUUUAACCUUUAGCCUGGUGGCAGCAAGUGAUUUUGCCUUUUCGACCAGUGCAGACCAAGAUCAGCCUGCACAUCCGUGCAGUCUGAUCGUGAUCUGCACUUUUUGCUAUUCAGUCUGACAGUACAUUUUCAGAGAACACCCCUUCGAAUAAUAAAUGGUACUGCCCAAAUUGAAUGAUGGACCAGUCCAUUUAGUAUUCCAGAAGAAUAAUACCUGUUUUGUUUUUAGCUCACCUGUCACAUAGUGACUAGGUGAGCUUUUGUGAUCGCCCUUCGUCUGUCGUCCAUCCAUUCACAAUUUCUUGUGAACAUGAUAGAGACCUCAUUUUGCAAACAGCUUUAAUCAAACUUGCACAAAAGUUGUAUUGGCAUAAUAUCUCGGUUCCUUUCGAAAACUGGCCAGAUGAUUGAUCCCUUCAUGGGUUCCAGAGUAAUGGCCCCUUAAAGGGCCAAAAUUUGCUUUUUUUUGGCUUGUGAACACGAUAGAGACCACAUUUUGCAACCAGCUUUAAACAAACUUGCACACAACUUGUAUUUGCAUAAUAUCUCAGUUCCUUUCGAAAACUGGCCCGAUCCCAUCAUGCGUUCCAGAGUUAUGGCCCCUUAAAGGUCCAAAAUUUGCUAUUUUGGCUUUUGCAGCCAUAUACAUGUAUAAAGACUUCAUUUAUGGUUUGAUUUGAUACAAACUUGCAAAAUAUCUGCAACAACAAUAAAUCUUGGAUUCAAUCAAAGGUUCCGGAGUUAUUUUAUAUCUGAAUACCUACCCUGAUUUUAAUCAAAAUGGAUUUGUAUCAGUAAGUACUUAUAGGACUCAUUUGAAAUUUCAUUAAUGUCAUUAGUUGGACUGAGACAAUCAGGGUAGAUAACUAUGAACUUAUUUUAUGUCAAAUUACCUCCCUUUAUUUCAAAUUAAAAAGGGUAUUUCUCCGUAACUAAUGAAGAUACUGAUCUGAAAUUUCAUUUAUGCCAUCAUAUUGACUUGGACAAUCAGUGAAGAUACAUAUUGACUGAAUUUAUGACAAAUUACCUCCCUUUAUUUUUUAUGUAAAUGAAAAUACCUGGCAGCUUCUAAUGAGAUUGGUUUGAAACGUUAUUUAUGUCUUCCAUGGUAAGAAAUAGUCAUGUUAGAUAACUGAUUGAACAUGUAUCAAUAUGAAUACUUUUCUAAUAUAUUGUUGUAAAGGCUUGUACUCUGUAUCUUCUACAUGCAUUUACCAAUGCAUGAUUACCUCCCAAGAUUUUAUUAAAAAUGGAUUUAUCUCAGUAAGUAUUUAUAGGACUCAUUUGAAAUUUGAUAAUUGUCAUUAGUUGGAGUGAGACAAUCAGGGUAGAUAACUAUGGACAGAUUUUAUGUCCAAUUAUCUCCCUUUGUUUCAAAUUAAAAUGGGUGUAUCUCAGUAACUAAUGAAGAUACUGAUUUGAAAUGUCAUUUAUGCCAUCAGAUGGACUAGGACAAUCAGGGUAGAUAACUUUUGACUGAAUUUAUGACAAAUUACCUCCCAUUAUUUUAUGUAAAUGAAUAUACCUCAGCAGCAUCUAAUGAGAUUGGUUUUAAAUGUUAUUUAAGUCUUCCAGGGUAAGGAAUAGUCAUGCUAGUACAAAAAUGCAGCAUUUGAGCCUAGGACCCUCAAACUUGGUAUGGAGAUUGGCCCUGACUAGUAUGUGACCCAUAGGUCAAAAGGGACUGUUACAAGAAAAUAUUUAUCCUGAUGAUAUUUAAUGUGUAUGCCUAUGUGAUUUAUGUCAAAACUUGAUCUUACCAUAAAGAGCAAUGGUACUCAGGUGAGCGAUAUGGGGGCAUCAUGGCCGUCUUGUUACCAAACAGACCAAUCAGAAAUUGUUGUGAGGAAGCCAUCCAGCUGGCUUACGAAAGGUCGUUGGUUCUACCCAGGUGCCCGCUCGUGAUGAAAUAAUGCACGGAGGAGCACCUGGGGUCUUCCUCCACCAUUAAGGCUGGAAAGUCACCAUAUGACCUAUCAUGUGUUGGUGCGACGUUAAAUAAAAAAAAAAAAAAAAAAGAAAUUGUUGUGAAGUUCUGCUGUGUUGUAUUUUGUGAGAAAUUUUUUGUGUGUGUGUGUGUGUAUAGGUGUGAUUUGCCUGUUAGAUAAUUGCAGCACUAUGAUGACAAUUGUUACCCUGACUUUUUGUACGAAUAAAAUAUUUUGACAUAAAAAAUC